AUGGCAGCUCUUGCAAGAGACAGUGACUUCGUUUCCUGCAGCUACAGCUACCACGAAUACAAGGCGAUCAAGUGCUUGCACAAGUGGGUUAUCAGAGACUUUAAGGUAAUUGGUGACACCUCAGACUGUUACAUUGACAGUGGUAUGUUCUUUAAUGGCCAUACCAGUUCACGCCAGUGGAGCAUGAGACUGUAUCCGGCUAUGGUUACUCCUUAUAUUACGUACUUGCAAGUAGACGUGAUGUUUCAUGGAAGUGCAGCCAAAGCAGCGUUCUGUAUAUGGGUAGUGAAUAACGACAACAAGAAGGUAAAAGAACAAGUGAGGGCAGCCCAAAGCUGUUCAAAAGGGAUUGUUUGGAGUGUGAACCUCGGGAAGCGAAGUGAGUUUGUGAACAAUUCGCGUUACCUGGUACCCGAUGAUGUUCUUACGCUCUGUUGUGAGCUAACGAUAUUUUACCGGUGGCAAUCAUCUGCGGCAUGCACCGUGGAAAACCCGCCUCGCCCUGGCUUCAGUUCACUCUUCCAAGAUGGCGACUUCACCAUCGUGGCUUUAACUGCACAAGGCAAAGAGAUUAAGGUUCAUAAGAAUGUCCUAGCCAUGUGCUCUCCCGUAUUUAACGCCAUGUUCAAAAACAACAUGAUGGAGAAGCGAGAGAACCGAGUGGAUUUGCGAGACAUCUCUGCUAGAGUGCUACAAGAAAUAGUAACCUUUAUGUACACGGACACUGCACCGAAUAUUGCCUCCCUGGCAGCCGAUCUUCUUUAUGCUGCAGAAAAAUACGACCUGAAACGUCUGAAGUCGAUGUGCGAGCACAGACUCGCGUCCAGUCUCACUGUGGAUAACGCCGUACAUGUUCUUCAUCUGGCUGUAAAGUUGAAAGCCGACCAACUGAGAGAUUUCGCAGUCUGCUACAUUAAAACGCAUGCGGUCGAUGUAGGAAAGACUGAUGGUUGGAAGGCGCUGACUGAAGAGGAAACCGGUCUUCUGGAAUUGUUACUGUCGUCGGGAGCAAGAGAGAAUUAA